AUGCUGACAUGCAGAACUGGUCUUCCGUGUUCGACAGCCAACCCCACAGGCCCUUUCCCAUUGGGCCCUUUCCCGAGACACAUCUGGAUCCAUCACAACACUCCUCUCGACAGCUUGGAUAAAGCCUGCCAUGAGAUCUGGAAACGGGUCCAAGGCCUCCCUGAGGAACUCCAACCCCUUCUUCAACUUAGCUGUGAUGCCAUUCCACCUUCAGACACCCUCCUGGAAGACUACGGUAGUACCAGCGGCGGCUCUCAAAAGAAAUCUUUGGAAACCAGCAUUGGCAAAGAUGAAAUUUCCCUGCUAGUAGAACAAGAGUAUUUGAGCCUCACCCAGGAGAAUGCAACCGAACUAGAGAUACAGAGGUCGGAAGAUGAAAAGGCAAGCCCUGCUCCUUCAGUACAAGCUCUAUCUAAUAGUAAUCUUAUCACACUUUCGGAUGGAGAGCAGACAUUAGAGGAGAGGGAAGCAGUGCAAAAUGUCUACAGAGCACUCACUGGAAACAAAAGGGAGAUGAAACUGAGGUCCAUCUGUGAUGUCCAGCUGUCCACAAAGUCCACUGUCACAGGCAUCCUGCUACCUGCAAAAUAUAUCUACAAGAGUGCCAAAAAUGCAGAUGUCAGUAACAGUAACAUGAUGGGUUCCAACACUCAGAUCGCCAAGCUUCUGGCGCAGUUCCCACUGAAACCUGUGGAGGCAGCCAAAGCUCUGGACAACAAGAUGGUGUCUGAAGAAACCAAAGACCUCCUGCAAAACAACAUGAUUGGGUCUGCCACCCACAAAGAUAAUUUCACAAGGCCAUCCCCGAUAAUGAUGGUGGCCGACAGUCAAGGAAUUGGGCAGAAGAAACAGCUCCCAGUGUUUGCCAAGAUCUGCUCAAAAACCGAACCUGAUUUGAUUGCUGAAGGGCUCUGUCAAAAUAAUGCAACUUCAGCAGCCAUGGAUAAGAACAACCUAAAGUACAGCGGGAAUGUUUUCACCCCACGAUUUCCAACCAACUCGACAACUACUACAUUGAAACAGCCAAUGUGGCUUAGCCUGAAUUACCCUCCGCCUCCCAUUUUCCCCAACCACUCAAGCUUCCCGCAGUACCAGAGUUUGUAUCAACAAAGAGCACGGAUUCCAUACCAGCAGACGUUACACCCUCAGCUGGGGUGCUACUCAAGACAGGUUGCUCCUUACAAUCCCCAGCAAAUCUUCCGCUCACCUUAUACACCUGUGCUCAGCUACAUCCCACUGGUUCAACCUGGUUAUUCUUACCAGCAGAGGAACCCAGCCAAAUUGUCUAGCAGUGUCCGUGAUCUGCCAGCCAUGGCAGGUGAUGGGCCACAAUAUUCAUUUUCUCCUUCCUAUGGGUUUACGACUACUGCUGCUGGACCUGUAAGAACCAACCCUUAUUUCUCUUCCAAUGGAGGCAGCAACAGUUUUUAACUCUUUUUUGGUUACUUAUUUGAAGAUGAAUAUCUUUGGAGGACUGUGGGAAAUGUGUGGAGUUUUUGUAAGGACUUGCAUUUGAAAAAAAUUUGCCCUGAAGGUAAAGAUUCAUUCUCCAAAUGAGUCCAUGUAAUUUCAGAGCAAAGAGGACCAAUUAGCUGGCAAUUCUUUUAACAGAGCAGAAUUUACCUGAAAUGUAUGAAAUGCUCAGCCUGUUAUUAAAAAGUUAUCAUUUUUAACAU